AUGGAAGGUUCUGGAAAGAUUCCUGCAAAAUAUCACAUAGAUGAAGAUAUGGGCUUUGCUUUGCCACAUCCACUGAAAGAGCUACCUCCUGAUUAUAGUGCCUGGACUGCCAUUGCUCGGGAUCUGCCAAGGCUUAUUGAGACAGGCCAACUCCGAGCAAAAGUUGAGAAGCUGCCAUUACUCGACAUUGAUGACCUUCAAGGGCACAGGUCACAACGCCUGGGACAUUUGGCUCUGGGGUACAUCACCAUGGCAUAUGUGUGGGAUGGAGACAACGGAGAUGUCCGAAAGGUGCUGCCAAGGAAUGUAGCUGUUCCAUACUGCAAACUCUCAGAGAAGCUGGGGCUGCCUCCCAUUCUGGUUUAUGCAGACUGUGUCCUGGCAAACUGGAAGAAAAAGGACCCCAAUGGGCCCAUGACUUAUGAGAACAUGGACAUUUUGUUCUCGUUCCCUGGGGGGGACUGCAGUAAAGGAUUCUUCCUGAUCUCUCUACUGGUGGAAAUAGCAGCUUCUCCUGCCAUCAAGGUGAUUCCUACAAUAUUCAGUACAGUGCAACGUCAGGAUCAGGAGGCUUUGCAAAGGGCACUGCUCGAAAUAGUCUUCUGCCUGAAAGAAGCUCUGAGGGUGUUUCAGAAAAUCCAUGAGUACGUGGAUCCAAGUCUAUUUUUCAAUGUUCUUCGUAUAUAUCUGUCUGGCUGGCAAGGCAACCCUCAGCUGCCAGAUGGUCUACUCUAUGAGGGUGUCUGGGACACCCCCAAAAAGUUUGCAGGGGGCAGUGCUGCCCAAAGCAGCAUCUUCCAGUGUUUUGAUGUCCUUCUGGGAGUAAAACACGGCAGCAAGGGAGGGUUCCUCCAGGAAAUGAGAACCUACAUGCCACCAGCUCACCAGAGCUUCCUUUGCUCGUUAGAGUCAGGACCAUCGCUCCGUGACUUUGUCAUUUCAAGCGGCAAUGAUGACUUAAAGGAAGUGUAUAAUAAGUGUGUGGAAGGUCUUGUCUCCCUGAGGGAUUACCAUCUACAAAUAGUGACCAAGUACAUUCUGAUUCCUGCAAGACAGCACUGCAGGAAAGAUGAAAAAUCAGAGGAGCAGUCAGACCAGGAAAACAGAGGGACCGGUGGCACUAACCUCAUGAGUUUCCUAAAGUCUGUGAGAAAUGCAACCCAGGAAGCCUUUCUGUAGGGUGAUUGUUGGAGCCAGAAGAAGUGCCUUUUAUCAGAGUAAUAAUCUGCAUUUACUCCUGUCAUUUCUCUUUACAUCAGACCCAUGAACUAAUACC